ACACACACACACACACACACACACACACACACAGUAGUCAUAUUUCCAUCAACACAUUUCUCUGAGCAUUUGAAGUUUAAUGAGAACACCAAAAUUAGAUAAAACUUUUGAAAAUGGCAUAAAAACAGUUGUUGCUCGCUUGAGGUGGUUUUUGCCUUUUUAGGAAAACUAGUUAAUGCACUAAACAGGAGAUGGAAACACUUUUUCUGUUGGGAGGUAGAGAACAUUUAACUCACAUGACUGAUCAGAUGUUCCUGCGAGAAACCCAAAAGAAAAAGAAGAAGAAGAAGAAGAAAAAGAAGAAAAGAAGAAUUUGUUUCCGCCACCAGCGUCUUCUCUCCAUUUUCUCUUGGCCAAAGGAAAAAAUACAUGACACUGGCAUCUGCUGAACAAAGUACAUUUAUGCAGCUUUGUUUAUUUGCUCUAAACCAGCUUGACUUCACCCAAAAAGCAGUUUCUGUCUCUGCAAAGUCAUGGUUGUGAGAGAGGGUGCAUUAAAUGGUGCAUGAAAAGUCACAUAACACAGAACCCGACAAAGUGUUUGCAACCAUGUUAAUUGUAAUUUCCUGAACGAAGUCACUUGCGAAAAGUGUGCUGAAAGGGCUAAAUAAGUCGGCGAGAGAGCCCUCUAACAUUUUGUGUUUGAUCACCAUGAGACACAGAAACUUACUGGAAAAGUCUGUGAAUCAGUCUCUGAUGGACUUUGGAACAGUGUGAUACUCUGUGGUCACAUUGCAUGAUAACCCCUCCCUCUUCUUGCAACACUGCUAUUUCUUUGAGCAAGAGGUGUUCACACAGAGGCAUGUACUGGUGACAAUGCACAGUAUCCUCUUGCUCAAUCUGCUCCUCUUCCUGGAAUGAAUCAUAGCUUGAUAACUCCUCCCUUCUCGUCCUGCUCUCAAACACAGCAAGCGCCACUCCCUACAUCUAUUUCCUUCACAAGUGAAACUCGUCGUCUCUGACAGGUGAAAUGGCGCAGAAAGGAGUUCAGCUGGACUGUGAAACCUUCUCUUGUUCCAUCUGUCUGGAUCUACUGAAGGAUCCGGUAACUAUUCCCUGUGGACACAGCUACUGUAUGAACUGUAUUAAAUCACACUGGGAUGGAGAGGACGAGAAGGAGAUCUACAGCUGUCCUCAGUGCAGGAAGACCUUCAUACCGAGGCCUGUCCUGGUGAAAAACACCAUGUUAGCAGAUUUAGUGGAGGAGCUAAAGAAGAGCGGACUCCCCGCUGCUCCUGCUGAUCACUGCUAUGCUGGACCUGAUGAUGUGGCCUGUGAUGUCUGCAGCGGGAGAAAACUGAAAGCCACCAAGUCCUGUCUCAUCUGUCUGGUGUCUUACUGUGAUGAACACCUCCAGCCUCAUUAUGAAUCCUCUGCCUUUAAAAAACACAAGCUGGUGGAGCCCUCCAAGAAGCUGCAGGAGAACAUCUGCUCUCAGCAUGAUGAGGUGAUGAAGAUGUUCUGCCGGACUGAUCAGCAGUCUGUCUGUUAUCUCUGCUCUGUGGAUCAACAUAAAGACCACGAUACGGUGUCAGCUGCAGCAGAAAGGACUGAGAGGCAGAAAGAGCUGGAGGUGAGUCGACUAAACAUCCAGCAGAGAAUCCAGGAGAGACAGAAAGAUGUGAAGCUGCUUCAACAGGAGCUGGAAGCUAUCAAUCACUCUGCUGAUAAAACAGUGGAGGACAGUGAGAAGAUGUUCACUGAGCUGAUCCGUCUGAUGGAGAAAAGAAGCUCUGAGCUGAAGCAGCAGGUCAGAUCCCAGCAGGAAACUGAAGUGAGACGAGUCAAAGAGCUUCAGGAGAAGCUGCAGCAGGAGAUCACUGAGCUGAAGAGGAAAGAGGUUGAGCUCAAGAGGCUCUCAGACACAGAAGAUCACAACCAGUUUCUACAAAACUACUCCUCACUGUCACAACUCAGUGAAUCCACAGAAUUACCCAGCACCAAUAUGCAUCCUCUGCAGUACUUUGAGGAUGUGACAGCAGCUGUGUCACAAGUCAAAGACAAACUACAGGACGUCCUGAGUGAGAAAUGGCCAAAGAUUUUACGGACAGUGACUGAAGUGGAUGCUUUACUGUCACAACAACUGAGGACCAGAGAGGAAUUCUUACAGUUUGCAUGUCAAAUCACACUGGAUCCAAGUACGGCUCACCCAUGGAUGAUAUUAUCUGAGGAGAACCGGAAAGUAACAAAUAUGAGAAGACAUAAGUUCUUUCUUCAGUCCUCAGCUAGAUUUGAUAACGUAUAUCAGGUCAUGAGUGAAGAGAGUCUGACUGGGCGUUGUUACUGGGAGGUGAAAUUGGAUGGACCAGUCACAAUCUCUGUUGCAUACAAGGAUAUGAUGAGAUCAGGGCCCCAUGGGGAAUGUUCAUUUGGACUCAAUGACAAGUCUUGGGCAUUAUACUGGAAUUGGGGUUGGGGUUAUAGAUUCUUCCACAACAAUGUGUCUACUUCAAUUCCAGGUGAAAUGUCUAACAAGGUGAGUGUAGGAGUGUUCCUGGAUCACAAGGCAGGUAUUCUGUCCUAUUACGACAUAGGUGAAACCAUGACUCUCCUCCACAGAGUCCAGACCACAUUCACUCAGCCUCUCUAUGCUGGACUUGGCCUUCAUUAUCCUGAAGGAGACAACGCCACAUUGUGUGACCUGCAAUAGACAGGAUUUCUUUUAAAGGGUUGGGUUCUUAAUAAUCAUAAUAAUCUCUUCUGUUGUCAAUCUGGAGUUUAGCCAAGUGGACAUUUCUCAACAACAGAAACACACUCUAUGGUGAACUGUAGUGUAAUUUAUACCUCUUGUGUUUUAUACACAUAUUCUGAUGUUGUGAUAUUUGCUGUAAAAUUAGCUGUAACAUUUUGUCCUAACAUAAAUAAAAUUAAUUAUGUGAAUGUUUUCAAGUACAUUAAACUAUAGGGAUUGGAGUACACUAUCUUAAUCAAUAUAAAAGAGGAGGAAUUAGGUUUUUUGUGUGUGUAGGUGAAGGGAGCAUGUACAUUUAUAUGGAAUAAAUAGGAUUUAGCAAAUGGACGUCUGAAGUAUAAAUAAAAUGAUUUGGCAGAACGAACAAGGCUUUUUUAUGUUAAAUAUUUGUAUUAAAAUCUAAAACUAAAAACUAAAAUAUGCAGGAGAACAAACGCAGAGGACUUCCCUUUGAAACACAAGUGCUGCUUUUUAUUUAACUAUAAGAAUUAAGAAAAUGUGAAAUCUGUUCUUUUAAAAAUGAAAUGCCCAUUAAAUUACUUUAAGGUUACAAAUUCAAGUAGCUUUUUUGCAGUUUAUUUUUGAAUUGUUGUUCAGUGCUUUUUAAUGCUAUCUUUUAUUCCUUAUAUUCACCUAAACAUAAAUCAUCUCUGUUAAGUUCUGUGGGCUUAAACACCAUUUGGCUGCAAAGCAUGUGUAAUAGGUCACAAGUUUAAAGAGAGUAAGUGUGCCAGUGAUAUGUUGUAUUACGUCUGCAACAACCUUUGCCUACCUGAGUGCUGUUCACCUCUUAUUGCACAACACUACCUACAGUAUUGAUGGUAAUAAAACCAUAAUUUAUCCCUGCAAAAGGCUGAACUAGG